AUGUCGUUAGAUACGCAAUUGGAAGCUGCAACUUCUGAAUAUCAAAGGCUUCAAAAAGAACUUUCAGACGCUAUUGAAGCUAGACAACGUCUGGAUUCUCAAUUUCAAGAAAAUGAAGUUGUUCAAAAGGAAUUUAAAUUGCUAAAAGAUGAUGCGAAUAUUUUUAAGUUAAUUGGACCUGUAUUAGUAAAACAGGAUAAAAGUGAAGCUACAACAAAUGUUAAUAAACGAUUAGAUUACAUUAGAUCAGAAAUCAAACGUGUCGAAACACAACUUGCGGAUUUGAGCGAAAAAUCAGAGAAAAAGAAAUUUGAAGUAUGUCGUUAA